AACAAGUCCUUUUGAUAGUGUGAAUAGUAUGAGGGAACAACCUUGAUUAAAACGAAAUUUCGAUGACAAAUCGAACAAUUAGCAUGAUUAAUACCCCAUAGCCCUAAACCUACACAUAAAUCCCAAACUUGAAAGUUUACUUUAUCAAACUAUGAACUCCCUUUGCUAGCUUCCGUCUCUCUCUAUAUAUGUAUACUCCUCUCCUCGACGUUCCUUUUCUCAAAGAAAAAUGAGGCCAGACGAUCAAACUUGUAGUGCAAGCGAUGACUCGCCGCCGCUGCUGCCCGACCACCAACUUGUCAAUGCACACCACCAGUGUUUAGCGACUCUAGAGGGCCAGAACUCCUACACAACGUCGCUCGUUCUUAUGGGAAAGUUUCUAUUGAGUGGCUCUUCUAAUAAGGAAAUUUGUUUAUGGAAACGCAACUCGUUGAGCCCCAUGAACGACUCCGAAAGUCUCACCGAUAAAAAUAUGGUUGUGGCUGGAAAGGGUGCAGUGAAAGCUCUCGUAGUUUUAGCCGAUAAAAUCAUAAGUGCUCAUCAAGAUCACAAAAUUCGAGUAUGGAAAAUCGAUAACCUGGAUAACGAUGAGCAGAAGUUUACACAGUUGGCCACGCUUCCAACGUUCAGUGACCGAGCACUCAAACUUUUGGUACCCAAAAACCAUGUUCAAGUUCGACGCCACAAGAAAUGCACAUGGGUUCAUCAUGUUGACACAGUAUCAGCACUGGCCUUGUCAAAUGAUGAAUCGUUACUCUAUUCGGUUUCUUGGGACCGGACUCUCAAGAUAUGGAGGAUAUCCGAUUUCAAAUGCCUGGAAUCGGUUGCCAAUGCACAUGAUGAUGCAAUAAACGCCAUUGCGUUAGCCAGCGAUGGACAUGUUUACACUGGAUCAUCUGACAAGAAAAUCAAAAUAUGGAAGCGAAGCACAGAAAAUAAGAAGCAUACCUUAGUUGCCACCCUGGAGAAGCACAAAUCUGGGGUAAAUGCAGUGGCACUGAGUAGAGAUGGGUUGACGAUGUAUUCCGGUGCACGUGACAGAUCAAUAUUGGUUUGGAAGAAGGUGGAUGAAAGCUGUAGCAUGGUGACGGUGGGUACACUCCGAGGACACACCGAAUCCAUAUUGUGUUUGGCCACUAUAUCAGAUAUGGUGUGCAGUGGUUCAGCAGAUAAAACUGUGAGAAUUUGGAGAGGAUUUGGGAAAUCCUAUUCUUGCUUGGCAGUUUUGGAAGGACACAGAGGACCAGUUAAGUGCAUUGCAGUGACAUUAGAUUAUUCCAAUCCAUCAGAAACAAAAUCAAACUAUCUCCUAUACAGCGCUAGCCUGAAUUGUGACAUUAAAGUUUGGCAGAUUAAUCUUCUACCCCUCGUCUAACGAAAUCAAAUCCCACAUUCUACUUUUGUAGUUUUAAAACAUAUAUUUUUAUAAAAGAAGCCUCUAUGAUGAAACCUGGUUCGAGUCUUUGCUUGUUUAUCCCACACACUUUCAAAUUAGAAGAGGCACUCCUCUUGCUUUUCUUUUAUUUCUUUCUUCUUAGUGUGCUUUCGGUUUUUCCAUCAUUAUGAAGUUGUGGUAGUCUAUUUCAUAACUUGUAUGGGGAAAGUUCACUCGAGUUCUAUAAAAAAUCUAUUUUAAUUUC